GAGUGAACCGUCUUCAUGUUUCCACCAUCUUUGAACGUUACCUUUUCUAAGAAGCCAUCUGUUAAAAUGGCUAAGCUAACGUCUUUAUUUGUAGUCUUAUUUUCUUUAUUUUGCAUUAGUGAAGCUGUUUUCGAAGAUCAAGUUGGAAAGUUUGAUUGGAGACAGCAGUAUGUGGGGAAGACACUCUUUGCCCACUUUGAGUCGAAUACACAGUCAUCUAAAAAGCUGUUUGUCGCCACAGACAAGAAUAUCUUUGCCUCUUUCAACUCCAGGACUGGAGAUCUCCUUUGGAGACAUGUGGACAAGACCGGACCAGAGGGAACCAUAGACACAUUUCUGCUGCAUGGACAAGAUGCUCUGAUGGUGGUUGGAGAUGGUCGUUUGCUCCGUUCCUGGGACACAAACAUUGGCGGGCUGAACUGGGAGGCCGUGCUGGAUACUGGCAGCUUCCAGGCUGCGUGCUUUGUGGCCAUACAGGACACCGUAAAGCAUGUGGCAGUACUAAAGAAAGCUGCCAUCUCUCUCCACUACUUAUCCAAUGGACACCAGAAAUGGGUGGAGAACCUGCCUGACGGUGAUGCAGUCCAGUACCAGGCAGUGUACUCUGGGGGAGAAGAGGAGCUCUAUGUGUUGGGGGUGGUUCCUAACUCUCACCUCACUAUCAUAGCCUACAGCCUAGAGGAUGGAGAGAUCACCAAGCAGAGAUCAGUUGAAGCUCCAUGGCUGUCCAGUGUUGAGUCCAGCUGUGUGGUGGUUGGUCAGGGGGUUCUGAUGUGUGUGGACCCCGCCACUUUCGCCCUCUACACCCUCCCUAUACAGGCUGAGGAGACUCCAGAGUUCAGCCAGAUCCUACUACAGUCUCUGGAUCUGAAGGUAUCCCCAGGCUUCCAGCCCGUCCUGGUGUCCAGCCAGCCCCACCCGGCCCGUUCCCCCCUCUCAGAGUUCUUUCUCCAGCUCGGAACAGACCACCACGUCCUGCUGCAGCUCAAUGCUGAUGGAUACACCAUCGCCCCACUCAGAGACUUCCAGCCGUCGUUCUUAGUCUCAUUUGCCACUACGGGGGAGAAGACUGUCGCUGCCGUCAUGACUCCCAAAAACGAAACCGCUUGUGCUAUCAAUCUGUUCAGCGUCGACUCCGGUCGCAGGCUGUUGGAUACCACUGUCAUCUUUCCCCUGGAUCUUAACGGUGGGAAACCACACAAGCUGUACGUCCAUGCCUUCCUGAAGAAGGACGACUCUGUGGGCUACAGGGUCCUAGUGCAGACACAGGACCAUGCUCUCACCUUUAUACAGCAGCCAGGACGUGUGGUAUGGACCAGAGAGGAGGCCCUAGCUGAUGUUGUUACCAUGGAGAUGGUGGACCUGCCACUCACUGGCACCCAGGCGGAGUUGGAGGGGGAAUUUGGCAAGAAAGCUGACGGGUUAUUCCCCAUGGUGCUGAAGCGUCUGUCAUCCCAGGUGAUUCUGCUCCAGGCGUGGCUGGCACACCUGUGGAAGUUGUUCUACGAAGCCCGUAAACCUCGCAGCCAGGUUAAGAACGAGGUCACCAUAGAAACGUUGUCCAGGGAUGAGUUCAACCUGCAGAAGAUGAUGGUUAUGGUCACGGCCUCGGGGAAGCUGUUUGGCAUCGACAGCAAGUCAGGCAGCAUUCUGUGGAAGCACUACCUGGAGAAUGUCCAGCCCAACGCAGCUUUCAAACUGAUAGUCCAGAGGACCACCGCUCACUUCCCACAUCCCCCACAGUGCACUCUGCUCAUCAAGGAUAAGGACACUGGCCUGGCCACCCUGCAUGUGUUCAACCCCAUCUUUGGCAGGAAGAGUCACAUCGCCCUGCCGGCCCUGCCCCGACCCAUCCUCCAGUCACUACUACUACCGGUUAUAGACCAGGACUACGCCAAGGUCCUGCUGCUGGUCGAUGACCAAUACAAGGUGACAGCCUUCCCCUCCACUAAGAACGUCCUGCAGCAGCUCCAGGAGAUGGCCUCCUCUAUCUUCUUCUACCUGAUCCAUUCAGAUCAGGGAAACCUGUCUGGAUUCAGGCUGCGCAAGGACCUGUCCACAGAGCGGAUCUGGGAGGUGGUCCUACCUACAGAGGUCCAGAAGAUAGUAGCUGUCAAAGGGAAGAGGCCCAACGAGCAUGUCCACUCUCAGGGCAGAGUGAUGGGAGACCGCAGUGUUCUCUACAAGUACCUAAACCCUAACCUGCUGGCAGUGGUGACGGAGAGUACAGACACCCACCCUGAGCGGGCCUUUGUGGGCGUGUUCCUGGUCGAUGGUGUGACCGGACGCAUCAUCCAUGAAGCCGUCCAGAGAAAGGCCAGGGGGCCCGUCCACUUUGUCCACUCUGAGAACUGGGUUGUGUAUGAGUACUGGAACACCAAGUCCAGGCGUAAUGAGUUCAGUGUGCUGGAGCUGUUUGAAGGGACAGAGCUGUAUAACAGCACAGUGUUCAGUAGUCUGGACAGACCCCACCUGCCCCAGGUCCUACAGCAAACCUACAUCUUCCCCUCUCCCAUCACCACCAUGGAGGCUACGCUCACUGAGAAGGGCAUCACCUCCAGACAUCUCCUGGUGGGGCUACCAUCAGGGGCCAUCUUGUCUCUCCCCAAGAUGUUCCUGGAUCCACGGAGACCAGAGGUCGUCACUGAACACAGCCGUGAGGAGAACCUUAUACCCUACGCCCCAGAGAUGCCCAUCCGCACAGAGUGGUUCAUCAACUACAAUCAGACCGUAUUGAGAGUGAAAGGAAUCUACACUGCCCCCUCUGGCCUGGAGUCCACAUGUCUGGUGGUUGCGUACGGCCUUGACAUCUACCAAACCAGAGUGUACCCCUCCAAGCAGUUCGACGUGCUAAAGGAUGACUAUGACUACGUCCUGAUCAGCAGUGUUCUGUUCGCGCUCUUCUUCGCCACCAUGAUUAGUAAACGUCUGGCACAGGUCAAACUGCUCAACCGGGCCUGGCGGUGAAGAGUCAACUUAAACCUUUCAACUCUGACUUCUCCGUUGCUGCAUGGAUGAACCCCGGGACAAUGGUGGUGGACGAGCUGAAGCCGUUUUUGGUGGGGUCGUCUUUCUUUUUCAAGGAAGAGAUUCAUUUCGGGUUGCCAGAUUUCUCUCGUUUUGUUUAAUUUAUUUGGUAAGACUUUGCAUUGAGGUAGAAUUUAAAGGGAGUUACGUUGCAUUCAUAAAGUAUUCCUACCCCUUGACUUAUUCCACAUUGUUGUUACAGCCUGAAUUCAAAAUGGGUUAGGUUGCCAGCUUCAGGCGUGCCGUCAUGUGGCUUUUUGUUAGGAGUGGCUUCCAUCUGGCCACUCUCCCAUAAAGCCCAGAUUAGUGAAGUGCUAUAGAGACUGUUGUCCUUCUGGCAGGUUCUCCUAUCUCAGCCAAGGUAAUCUGUAGUUCUGUCAGAGUGGUCAUUGGGCUCUUGGCCACCUCCCUGACCAAGGUCAUUCUUGCCCGGUUGUUCAGUUUGGUUGGACGGCCAUCUCUAGGCAGUCUGGGUAGUUCCAUGUUUUUCAAUUUCCCAAAUGAUGAAGACCACUGUGCUCUUGGAAGCUUUCAACACUCUAGAAAUUGUUGUGUAACCUUCCCCAGAUAUAUGCCUCGUCACAAUUCUAUCUCGGUGAUCUACAGACGGUUUCCUUGGACUUCAUGGUAUAGUUUCUAUUCUGACAUCUGCUGUCAACUGUGGCACCAUACAUAGACAGGUGUGUUUCUUUCUAAAUCAUCUCCAAACAAUUGAAUUAGCCACUCACUGGUAGACUCCAGUUAUGUUGUAGUGGCAUCUCAAGGAUGAUCAAAGGAAAUCGGAUGAACCUGAGCUCAAUUUGGAGUGUCAUAGCAAAGGGGUGUGAAUACUUAUGUAAAUGAGAUUACUGUAUUUUAUUGUCAAUAAAUUUGCGUGAAAUUCUUAACAUGUUUUUUACUGUCAUGUGUUUAAUCCACUUUGAAGUCAGGCUAUAACACAACAAAUUGUAGAAUAAGUCAAGGGGUAUGAAUACUUUCUGAAGGCGCUGUAUGUCAUUGUUAUUAACAAAUAAUGAACUGUCUAAACCCUUUAUAACCUCCCUUUUAAGAUAGCAAUGUAAAGUGCUUUUCAUGAUCUCACUUCAUGCAAUGAAAUGUUAUUUUUUUUACCACAACGAAAGAGCAGUUAAAUGGUUACUUGGUGCAUUUCAAAGCAGGUGUUCUUAGUCAUCUUUCAGAGCUAAAUAAUGUUUCAAACGUCUUUUAAGAUGAGGCCUAAUCUAAGAUUACUAAAUGUGGUACAGAUUUCGAUAACUUUUUGUUUAUUUUGUUUUAAAUGUUUUAUUUUUAUGUGUGCUAAAGGGUAUGUUCACUAUGCUUGUGCCACAGAUACUUGAAGACCAGCCCUAUGACAGAUAAUGAACUGGGGUGGGGUGUGUGUGUGUGUGUGUGUGUACUGAGGUUUGUUUUUUGGGUCGUCUGCCUCUUAAGGCUCGCAGUGUUGGUCUUUUUAAGUCUUUCUUUGAUGCACUGGAAGUUUUGUGAUUUAUCUUAACUAAUAUCCCCCCCCCCCCCCCCCCCAUGGCUUUUGUGUAAAUUAUAGUUUGUAAGAUAUUUAUGUCUAAAACAUGGAUUAGCAUGGCGCUUGAGAGUAUUAAUUUUUCCUUUUGGGGAUAAUGGACAACUCUGCUCAUGCAACACUUUCACAAAAACGCCAAUGCCCUCAAUAAAAUGAUUACUAUUUCUGAAA